AUGCUAAAUCUCAUGUCAACAAAAAUAGGAUGCCAAGGAGCACAAUAUCUAGCUGAUGGAUUAAAGAAUAACACGACCCUUAUUAAACUCGAAAUCGGGCAAAAUCCAAUCGAAGUUCAACAACAACGAUAUCUUACCAAGGGAGAAACAGCAGAAUCCAGUCCCUUGGAUUCAAGUAGAUUCAGAUGGAUUCAAGCGGAUUCAGGUGAUUCAGGUGGAUUCAGUCUGCGUACAACGACAACAACGCUUGUUGCCAGUUGUCACAGUUAUGAAGUCUCAUGGAAUAAUCAUUGUUACUAUUUGGAUGGAUCAGGUGGUAAUUGUACAAGUGGGUAUAGCCAAGCAACGAAUGCAGUUUUAACAUGUAUUGCAACACAGUUUGCUGGUAAAACAUAUCGAAGUACAAUAUCGAAUAAUUGCUGUGUUUGGACUACGGACACGUAUGAAUGUUACCAAUUAACUUCAAACUGUAAUUCAGCUGGACCGUUUACAUCUGGUCCAGUACUUGCAUGUACUAAUGCUCAACAACAUUAUAGUCAACAAUUGACAUUCUGUGGUAGGUAA